AUGAAAACGAACAUAAAUAUUGAAAUUGAAAUGGAAAAAGAGAGGCUAGAGAAUCUGUUGAUAAUUUUAUCUGUAUCCGAGAUAUCACCAUCUACAUCCAGAAAGCCGUAUGCUUUGGAAGAAGCUUGUACAGUUUGGGAAGGGGUUUUGAUUGAUAAAAAAGAAGAAUCUACUUCAACCGAUAUGCCCUUAGGCACGGCCAUACAUAACAUAGAAAUCACACUUGGAAAGGGUGGACAAUUAGCUAGAGCAGCGGGUGCUGUAGCGAAACUGAUUGCAAAAGAAGGGAAAUCGGCCACAUUAAAAUUACCUUCUGGGGAGGUCCGUUUGAUAUCCAAAAACUGCUCAGCAACAGUCGGACAAGUGGGGAAUGUUGGGGUGAACCAGAAAAGUUUGGGUAGAGCCGGAUCUAAGCGUUGGCUAGGUAAGCGCCCUGUAGUAAGAGGAGUAGUUAUGAACCCUGUAGACCAUCCACAUGGGGGUGGUGAAGGGAGGGCCCCAAUUGGUAGAAAACAACCCACAACCCCUUGGGGUUAUCCUGCACUUGGAAAAAGAAGUAGAAAAAGGAAUAAAUAUAGUGAUAAUUUGAUUCUUCGUCGCCGUAGUAAAUAGGAGAGAAAAUAGAAUUUCUUUCUUCGUCUUUACAAAACAAAAAAAUAGGAGGAAGCUGUGACACGUUCACUAAAAAAAAAUCCGUUUGUAGCGAAUAAUUUAUUAAAAAAAAUAAAUAA